ACACAAACACCAACCACUCCUUCACCACACUCACGCGGGCCGUCACUCCUCCUCUUCACGCGCACACACACAAAACAGAAAGGGAAUUCGGAAGGAGAGUCGCGUUGCGAGGGAGAAGAAGGGAGAAGAGGGGAGAGGGCUGCACCGCCACCGCACCCCGUCGCACCUAGCUCAUUGCCGUGGAGCCGUCGCUGCCAUUCUGUCGAGCUGCUACCGCCAUCGCAUGAAAUAGAGGGAGAGAGAGAUGGAGAAAAGUGUUGCGCAAAAGAGGGAAAGAAGCUGCCGGUCAACGUCGUCGUUGGGUCCUUCUUCGCCGCCGCCGGAGGAGCUGCUUUUUGCCACCGUCAUCGAUGUCGUUCGAGACGCUGCUACCGGAGAAGCCCAAUGAGAGAGACGACACGAUGGGGGAGGGGAAAAGCUACCUGCGAUGCCGCCAGAGCUCCUAUCAUCGUCAGAAGCUACCACCAUGGCCGCCGCCCUCCCAGCUGCUACAGUGGUUGUUGCCCCAUCAUGUGUGGCCACUGGAGAAGUUGUUGUGGCCGCCGGAACCACCGCUGGAGCUGUGGUUACUCAAUUUUUGGGUUCUUUCUUGGGUUGAGCUACCGUUCUUGCGUGCUAUGUUGAGAGGCUGUGGCUGUUGCGAGGAUGGUAAGAUUUGACGCUGCCACCGCAAAAUCAAAGUUUUAAGGGUUUUGUUCCGUAGCUAAGUUGCGAACGAGGUUGGGACAAUUUUCUUAAACUUAUUUUAUUCUCAAGAGUUGUUAUAAAUUGAUAUUGAUGCAAAUAAUAUAUUUUAGGUGAUUAUAUGAGUCCUAUGGAUUGAAUUAAGUUGAUUUGGAUAAGUAAUUGAAUUAUUGUGAUUUACUGGAUUGGUUGGUUCAAAUUUUGAAUUUUUGUUGAUUUUCUUGAGUUGAGUUGGAGUUGUUGAAAUAAUGAUUUAUCAAAAAUGAUUUUGAGAAUUAUAAUUGAUUUGAAAUAUCGGAAUUGGUUUUGGGUUUGAUUUAUCGGAUAUGAUUUUGAAAAUUAGAAUUGAUUUGAGAUAUCGGAAUUGGUUUUGUUUGAUUUAUCACAAAUGAUUUUGAGGAUUGGAAAGGGUUUGAUUGGGACCCUUAAAGGGUGGCAAUAGUCUAAAUUAUAGAGAAGAUGUUGCUAAAAUUUUUAUAAAACUCUGAGACUUUAUUUGAAGCGUUAUUUAAAAGAAAAUUUGAUUCAAGAAUUAUAUUAUUUGAUUUCGAUUUAUUA